GAUGUGUUUGGGUACCAAAGCUGGCUUUGCUGCUCUUCGGGAUCUCGCUCAUCACUUUGGAUCUUCAAGUCACCGGCACACAAGUUAAGGGAUUUACAACAUUGCGGUUCCUGAUUGAGCCUUCGGAUGCUGUCACCAUGCGAGGAAGUAAUGUGUUGCUGAACUGCACCACGGAAUCAGAUCAAGGGCUUCCUGUCAUCAAAUGGAAGAAGGAUGGAGUCUUUUUAAACUUGGCAGUGGAUGAGAGGAGGCAGCAGUUUUCCAAUGGAUCUCUUUUGAUACAAAAUAUAGUCCAUUCCAGACACCACAAACCUGAUGAGGGCCUUUAUCAGUGUGAAGCAUCAAUAGAAGGAAUUGGAGCCAUCAUCAGCCGGACAGCCAAAGUCACAGUAGCAGGCCCAUUGAGGUUUCUAUCUCAGACGGACUCUGUCACGGCUUUCACAGGAGACACGGUUUUGUUAAAGUGUGAAGUUGUUGGAGAACCUAUGCCUACUAUCCACUGGCAGAGGAACCAAGAGGACCUGGUUUUGAGUCCUGGCGACACCCGUGUGGCAGUCCUGCCUUCUGGAUCUUUACAAAUUAGCAGAAUUCAUGCAGGGGACAGUGGGAUCUAUAGAUGUCUUGCAAAAAAUCCUGCCAGUUCAAGAACUGGAAAUGAAGCAGAAGUCAGAGUAUUGGCAGAUCCUGGAUUGCACAGGCAACAAUUUUUCCUGCAGAGACCGUCAAAUGUGGUCGUUGUAGAAGGGAAGGAUGCUGUGCUGGAGUGUUGUGUUUCUGGCUAUCCAGCUCCAAUAUUUACAUGGCUGCGAGGAGAUGAAAUGAUCCCAUUCAGGUCCCCAAAAUAUUCACUGUUGGCUGGCAGUAAUUUACUAAUUUCUAAUGCAACGGAUGAUGAUUCUGGGACGUAUACUUGUGUGGUCACCUACAAGGAGGAGAACAGCAGUGCUUCAGCAGAGCUUUCUGUUUUGGUUCCACCAUGGUUUAUCAAUCAUCCUUCAAAUCUGUAUGCCUAUGAGAGUAUGGACAUUGAAUUUGAAUGUGCAGUCUCUGGUAAACCAAUCCCUACAGUACAAUGGAUCAAGAAUGGAGAAGUGGUCAUUCCCAGUGAUUAUUUCCAGAUUGUGGGUGGCAGCAACCUGCGGAUUCUGGGCUUGGUGAAGUCAGAUGAAGGUUUCUACCAGUGCGUAGCUGAAAACGAUGCUGGGAAUGCACAGACCAGUGCGCAGCUAAUCAUCCCUGAGCCUGCUAUCCCAAGUUCCAGUCUCCUCCCCUCUGCUCCCCGAGAUGUGGUCCCUGUUUUGGUUUCCAGUCGAUUUGUUCGUCUCAGCUGGCGCCCACCUGCAGAUGCCAAAGGGAACAUUCAGACUUAUGCGGUCUACUUCUCCAGAGAAAGCGUCAACAGGGAGCGGGCUCUGAACACGUCGCAAUCUGGGAUGCUCCAGCUUACAGUGGGAAAUCUAAAACCAGAAGAGACCUACACAUUCCGAGUAGUGGCUUACAAUGACUGGGGACCAGGAGAAAGCUCACAGCCCAUCAAGGUGGCAACACAGCCUGAAUUGCAAGUUCCAGGACCAGUAGAAAAUCUACGGGCUGCAUCAACCUCACCUACCUCAAUUCUUAUUACAUGGGAACCUCCUGCCUAUGCAAAUGGUCCAGUCCAAGGAUAUAGACUGUACUGUACAGAAGUAGCUACUGGGAAAGAACAGAAUAUAGAAGUGGAUGGUCUAUCAUACAAGCUGGAAGGGCUGAAGAAGUUCACAGAAUACACGUUACGCUUUCUGGCUUAUAAUCGUUAUGGACCCGGUGUUUCAACUGAAGACUUGACAGUCAGGACACUUUCAGAUGUGCCAAGUGCCAUGCCUCAGAACAUCUCCUUGGAAGUGGUUAACUCCAAGAGUAUCAAAGUUAGUUGGCUACCUCCACCACCAGGCACACAAAAUGGAUUUAUCACUGGCUAUAAAAUCCGGCACAGAAAGACAGCCCGUCGGGGUGAGAUAGAAACACUGGAGCCAAACAACCUCUGGUAUUUAUUCACAGGUCUUGACAAAGGAAGCCAAUACAGUUUCCAGGUGUUGGCUAUGACAGCCAAUGGAACAGGACCCUCCUCGGACUGGUAUACUGCAGAAACUCCAGAGAGCGAUCUUGAUGAAUCUCAGGUUCCUGACCAGCCAAGCUCUCUUCAUGUCAGGCCUUUGUCAACCAGCAUCGUCAUGAGCUGGACCCCACCGCUGAACCCAAACAUCGUUGUACGCGGAUACAUCAUUGGCUACGGAGUGGGAAGCCCAUAUGCCGAGACAGUGCGAGUAGACAGCAAACAGCGAUACUAUUCCAUUGAACAUUUGGAACCAAGUUCCCAUUACGUCAUAUCUUUGAAAGCAUUUAACAAUGCUGGGGAGGGAGUCCCUCUCUACGAGAGUGCUACCACUAGAUCUCUGACAGAUCCCAUUGACCCAUUAGAAGUUGAUUUUUAUCCUUUGCUUGAUGAUUUCCCUACCUCAGUCCCAGAUAUCUCCACCCCCAUGCUCCCACCAGUAGGUGUCCAGGCUGUUGCGUUAACCCAUGAUGCCGUGAGGGUCAGCUGGGCAGACAACUCUGUCCCCAAGAACCAAAAGACAACAGAAGUUCGAUUUUACACCGUCCGAUGGAGAACCAGCUAUUCUACAAGUGCUAAGUACAAGUCAGCUGAUACAACAGCUUUGAGUCAUACAGUAUCGGGACUUAAGCCAAAUACCAUGUAUGAGUUCUCUGUAAUGGUAACAAAAGGUCGAAGGUCAAGCACAUGGAGUAUGACUGCCCAUGCCACCACCUACGAAGCAGCCCCAACCUCUGCUCCCAAGGAUUUGACAGUCAUUACUCGGGAAGGGAAGCCUCGGGCUGUCAUUGUCAGCUGGCAGCCUCCAUUAGAAGCCAACGGGAAAAUUACGGCUUACAUCCUUUUCUACACCUUGGACAAGAAUUCUCCCAUUGAUGACUGGGUCAUGGAAUCAAUCAGUGGUGACCGGCUUACUCAUCAAAUCAUGGACCUCAAUCUAGACACAGUCUAUUACUUUAGAAUACAAGCCCGUAAUGCCAAAGGAGUAGGGCCUCUCUCAGAUCCCAUUCUCUUCCGGACUCUUAAAGGUCGUCAUGGAGAUGGGGCCUACUGGCCAGUUGACACAAACUUGAUUGAUAGAAGCAGCCUUAAUGAACCCCCCAUUGGACAGAUGCAUCCUCCCCAUGGAAGUGUAACACCCCAGAAGAACAGCAACCUCCUUGUUAUUAUUGUUGUCACUGUUGGAGUCGUUACGGUGGUGGUAGUGGUGAUAGUGGCUGUGAUUUGCACCCGGCGUUCAUCAGCCCAGCAGAGGAAAAAACGUGCUACUCACAGUGCUGGCAAGAGGAAAGGGAGUCAAAAAGACCUGAGACCCCCAGACCUUUGGAUACACCAUGAAGAGAUGGAAAUGAAGAAUAUUGAAAAGCCAUCAGGUUCUGAUCCAUCAGGAAGAGACUCACCAAGGCAAAGCUGUCAAGACAUCACACCGGGCAGCCACAGCCAACCUGAAACCCAGAUGGGCAGCAAGAGUGCCUCUCAGUCCGCUCCUGACACGGAAGAGGUGGGAAGUAGCAUGUCCACACUGGAACGCUCGCUUGCAGCCCGCAGAGCAACACGUGCCAAGCUCAUGAUUCCAAUGGACUCUCAGCCCAGCAACCCUUCUGUAGUCAGUGCCAUCCCAGUGCCAACGCUAGAAAGUGCACAGUACCCAGGAAUUCUGCCAUCCCCCACGUGCGGCUAUCCACAUCCUCAGUUCACUCUCAGACCGGUGCCAUUCCCAACGCUCUCAGUUGAUCGGACGUUUGGAACAGGAAGAACCGUAAGUGAAGGAUCAGCUCCUCAGCAGACAUCCAUGUUACCGCAGACACAGCCUGAACAUCCCAGCACCGAGGAUGCCCCAAGCAGGACAAUUCCCACAGCGUGUGUCCGGCCUACACAUCCUCUCCGCAGUUUUGCCAACCCCUUGCUACCUCCACCAAUGAGUGCAAUCGAACCGAAAGUCCCUUAUACACCACUUUUAUCUCAAACAGCACCCAACCUUCCCAAGGCUCAGGUUAAGACAGCAUCACUUGGACUGGCCGGAAAAGCAAGAUCUCCGCUACUUCCCGUCUCGGUGCCGACAGCCCCAGAAGCGUCAGAAGAGGGUCACAAACAAACAGAGGAUCCUGCAAAUGUAUAUGAACAGGAUGAUCUGAGUGAACAAAUGGCUAGUCUGGAGGGGCUAAUGAAGCAGCUUAAUGCCAUCACAGGCUCCGCCUUCUGAAAGCUGCAGAUGAGUGGAAGAAUGGAGUUACCCGGGAACAUUACAGCAUACCAGUGUUUCGCACAUACCACCACCCAACAUCUGCAUCUGCCAUAAAGCCAACUAGCGCAUCAUUGAACCCCACUCUAAGUCGGCCUCCUGCAGUCUCACCACAACAUCCCUAUUGAUCGUGCAACAGCCUGAGCAGAGAUGAAAGAGCAACACUCAAAAGGAAAAAACAAGAUGGCCACCUUUGGACGUACCUUUAACUGCAGGUCUAACAGAUCCACAAUUUGCCUCUGGGUCACCUAGUCCACUCCCAGAUGAUUAGGAUCUGCAGUCUGGGAGUCUGCCAAAAGGUGGGAAUUGGCUGCACAAGCUUCCUCCAUCCCUAGAAGGAAAGCUGCAGCAGCCAAUCGAAUGUAAGCAGUGGGAGGAGCUUCCUCCCUUAACUAGGGUUUGGGGAAGUUGCCCAAUCCGCAUGAAACAUUGGAGCCUCUGGAGCCUCGGUUUGGUAAGUGUACCUUACUACAAACCGAGGGCUCAUUCUGAGGUUUGGGGGUGAAAUUGGAACCGCAGUUGGGCCCCACGGCUGCAGUUCGGACAAUUCGGACAUCACAGGGGACCAACCCAAGGUGAGUUAGCCUCAGGUUUCCUGUGAUGUCCGAAGGCAGCCAAUGUCUGCUUUCAACAGAAUAGUGGUCAGGGGCUCUUGGUGGCUGAUUUUGUUCUGCUGACAUUUGUAGCAUACAAGAGGGCAGGGAGAAUUGUAUGUAAAGGUCUGCGCUGCACAUUAUCUUAUGGUUGGCAACCUGACCCACAUUGACAUUUUUCCACAUGAGAGCUAUAACUGGAGAGCUAUGAGAGCUAUGCUGGAUUUGGGAGAGGGGCAUUCCUCCUCAGGCAGAAUUCCUGUGGCCUUUUGAAAGAAGCGAAACUUCUUUUGAAGAAACUAGUCAAAUUUCUCCAGCGGGGUGGUUCUAUAUAACUCUAGAUUAUCAAUAGUGAUGUUGCCAAAAAGGUCUACUCAAGAUAUCAACCUCCCCCCACCACCAGCAAAUUCCUUUAAAAGCUGAACCCCAGGUCCACUGACGUUUGAUUCUGGCAUGAAAUAGAUUCAUCCUGGUGCCGCACCACCAAUCGCCCCCUUUCCCAAAAGUUACCCUUGCAAAGAAAUAAAGGCCUGGCAGCGGGAGGAGCCUGUGGCAGCAGUAAAGGUCUCAUCUUUAAGGCCUGGACGGACCCCUGUGCAAAAUAUCUGUUAAUGGAGUGGCCAGCCCUAAAAUUAUAGCCCAUGCUGCUUCUACUAGUCCUUCCAUAAAAAGUUCUCCAAUGUAAAACUCAGAUAGAAUAUCAGGGCUUUUCCAAGGAGAAACUGACAUUUGAACAGAAUGCCAGGGUCCCUCCCAAGGAUAAAGUUUGGCAAAUAGUCUCAGAUGGUUUCUCCACAUCCCUAGUUUUGGGGAAGAGGGAAGACCAGAAGAGAGAGCUGAUGGGGAGUUUCCCCAGGUGCACCAACAUUACAAAUGCUGCAGACAUUGGG